AGGGAUACAAAUAUAUACAUAUAUUUAUUUGUUUAUUUGUUUAUCUCCUUCUCCCAUAUCGGUGUUUGAGGGAAGAAACGGGCUGUGCCCGAGCACAAGAUGCAACAGUAAAGAAGGAGGCGAAACAACAGAACAUGAGUUUCUUCUCGAACCCGCUCGCGGAGGAAGACGAGGUGGUGCCACCCGACUACCCUCUCGAGCAGUACGACGAACGCAAGCGCGAGGAUGACUUCAACGAGCUGCUCGUGCGCUCCACGAAGCUCGAAACGGCGCAGCGCAGCUCCGGCGACGCAGCGGCGAUGGCGCACCCCGACUUGGUGCAGUGCCUCCAACAGAAUCAGCAAAUCCGUAGCACCUUGGAGGAGACGUGGGGUGAGAUAAGCGACUACGAUAAGCAGAGACAACUUUCUGCGUUAUCAUCGUCCUCGAAGGUGUUCCCAGCGCUGCCAGGUCAUUCUGCCGCCUCCGCUUUAAUGAACACGGUGGAUGCGGUGAGUGUGCAGAUGCAAGCGCAGGCGAUGCAGCGUGAAAGCGUCACGAGUCAUUUGAACAAGACAGUAGAGACGGCGUCGGCACGUCUCACAGCAGGCGGUGCGUCCUCGCCUGUCACAUCGCCCACGGCGAGCGCCUACACCGCUCUCCACACCGCGGCACUCCACCCACACGCACAACCCUCCCCAGCACACCCCUCUCACUCUGCAGACGAACUCCCUGUGUUCGAGACAGAAGAAGUGGACGACGCAGUGCGGGCGUUGGAGGCGCAGCUGCCGGGCAUGAGUGCGGAGGAGGCCGCGCUGGCUGCCGCGGCUGUGCAGCAGCUUCACUUCGGUCUCCGCUCGUGGACGGCGCUGGUGCAGCGACACGCAACGCUGCAGCAAAGUGUCGCCGCCAAGACGCAGGAGCAAAGGGAGGCCCACCUCGCCCUGCAGACCUUUGCACGUUGGACGGCAGCGCGGCAGCUGGCCUGUGAACAACAAGCCGAACCGGGCAGCACAGCAGCGAAAGCUUGUCCUUCCUCUGGAUCUUCCGUCGCACUGGCUGCCCCUCCCCUAUCCUUUGACCUUGCCGUUGCUGAGUCGCUCAACAAGGAGCUCAAUGAGGAGAACUGGCGUCUGGAGUCGGUCCUGGCCCGACUGUUGUCCCGUCAGCAAGGAGCGCCACACACCUCCUUGGCAGGCAGCGCACUCGUUCAGUACGUCAGCCUUCUGGACCACACCCGCGAAUUGGAGCAGGAGGUGGAGCGGCUGGGCAGUGCUGUGCUGUACCUGCGUGCCGCACUAGCCGCUCCUCCGUCUGCGGAUGCGCAAGAGUUGGUGCGCAUCGCGUCUUCUCCAUCGCCGUCAUCCGGCACCGGCACCGCUACUUCCACCGCACAAGAGACUGCCUGGGCGGCACGACUGACGCACCUUAGUGCGAUGGAGCAGUCACUGCGCUUGCCCUCUACGGCACACGGCGAUGCGGACAGCGCAGACAACAGCGCGCACGCGAUUCUCCUGCAUGGCCUCACAAAGCUGCUGGAGUUGCACGACGCCGGCCUGCACGCCGUUGCGCUGCUCAGCACGUACUUUGAGAAGCAGUCGGCCAGCGCGACAUUCCUCGUGCGUGCCAUGCGGGGCGGCGGAUCCCUCGAGGAUGCCACGGUGGAGCGCGUGCUAGAUGUGCCGCUGCCGGACGAGACGUCGCUGCGCCGCCCGCUCGAGGACGUUGCGGCGACGUGGGGAGAGGUCAAAGGAGAAGUCGGCGCGUCGGUGCAGAAAGCGGUCGCGGCCGCGGCGGCCACGCUGGCGCGUUGGGCUGCGGUGCGCUCGCUCCUCGCACGCCUUCUGCGUGAAACCCUUUCCACGUUGGAGCAGCAAAGCGGCGCCGGCGGUGACCGCGAGGCGAAGGAGCUGGCCGCCCUCCUCGCAGGUUACGCAGAGGAGGAGAAAUCGCCACGAAAGGUGGAUGCGCCGGCGACGGGGUGCGUGCGGGCAGAUCCGAGUUGGGCCACAGCGUUGCAGGAGGAGGUGGAGGCCUUCAAAGCAGAGAAAGAUGCGCAACGACAGCAGACCAAAAACUACUGGCUGAACCAGCGAGACGAGGCGAACAAGAAACUGACGUGGCUGAUGAAGCAGCCCAACGCCCCGCUGCUCAUGCAACUCUGUGCCGCAGAGGAAGAAAAGGAGGAGCUGGAGCAGCAGUGGAAACUGGUGCACAACACCUCCGCGGACACCUCGGAAUUGCAGCACACCUUGGACGACAUUCAGAGACAGGUGGCAGAAGAGACACUACAUAAUACCAAGCUGCAAGAAGAGUUGAAUGAGGCGCAGUCGCGUAAGCAAGCGUUGGAGCGCGAGCGGGCCAGUCUCAUUGCGUCGUCCUCGUAGGCUUUUUUUAUAGCUUCCCUGUUUCGUGUGUGUGCGUGUUUGGUCGUGGACACGCAGAGUGCGACACGUUGUUGUGUGUUUGCCGCCACCGCCGUUGUGCAUCUCAGUUCAUUUUGUAUUUUGAUUUUGCUGCGAAG